AUGCUGAUGAAGCCAUCCUUCUUCUGGUACUUCCUAACGACAAUCCUCCUCAUCCUCCUGCCUGAAAAAUCUGGUGCUCUGCCAAUUUCCUUGGUGACAUCCAACACGGCCGUGGAAAUAGUGCAAAACAUUGCCUCUGCAGUGGCGGCACCACCCAAGAGAAAUGGGAAGCGUGUCCGUUCCAGAAGGAGAUUCGAUGAUGAUGAUAUUUUCCGUGUGGAGGGAAUUGGAGGGUCGGUAAUGACCAACGGAAAGGAGGAAGCGGCUCUGAGUGGCGCAUUAGAACCCGUGGGACAAGCGAAUCUAUUGGCACCUCUACAAGAAGAUGAUGAUAAUCCAAAAGAACAAGUGUGGACAGCACUAUCCCGACUGGAAUCCAACAUGGAAAUGUUGGAUGAAUUGGCGGGGCAAAAAUCACAACUAAACACCCUGGAAGCAACUAUCCUCGCGGGAUGUAUAGCAGCCGCCGCUUCAGGACCUUUGAUUGGAGGAUCCUUGACGGAAUUUGUGGCACCUUCGGCUGCGGCAUUAUGCGCUGCCAUUGGAGUCGGAGCAGAGUAUGUUGGUAAGACGGCUGUGGCCGAUGGUAAAGAGCUUGCAGCAAUAUCUCUGCAAUGUGCAGCCGAAGCUGAAGCUAUACUAGCCCAAGCCGAACGUUCCAAAGCCAUCACCCCACUAUGUGUGGGAAUCGGAGCAACGUCGGCGACUUGCAGUCUGGUAAUACCGGCAGUCUUGGAAGCCAGUGGCUUGUUGUAUUCGGCGCCUGGCGUCAGAGAGCUCUAUUUACUAUGCCCCGUUGCAGCCGUUCUGUCAGCUGCCAUUGGUGGUUUGGCAUCACAAGAAGUGCGACAAUUUUCACGAGCAGCCAUUGGAGUUGGAAAUAGGCGGUUUGCUAGGUCUGGGUCCGUGGGACGCACAUGGCUCAGUGCUGGACAGCAAAUCGCCAGAAAGUCUGAAACAGGGCGCAAAAAGUUGACAACCUUCACUCUCAGUGUUAUUCCGGCCCCUUUGGUGGGAGUCCUGAUGCCCGGUAGUCUGGCCACCAAAACUAUCAUUGUCUGUGCCUUUGCAGCGGCCGAGUCGGCAUAUUUUCUGGCAGAAACAGAGUACACAUUGUCUCGUGCAACAGAUGCGGUUGCCCUGAAAAGUCGAAGUGCUGCUGUCUGCGAUACCUACGCCAAUCAGGCUACCCGAAGUGCUGCCAUUCUCCCCUUCACAUCGGCCCUCUCGGCACUUUGUGCAGCAACCACAGCAGCCAUUGUGGAAUUGCCUUUCUUUGAGGCAUCCACGUCAGCUCUGAUCACAGCCGGUCAAGUGGUCGGGAUCAGCUUUUUCCCGACCUGCGCUGCUUUGCUUGCAGGAGCUGCAUCUGUGUCCAAGGCAAGAUGUGAAGUGGAUACCGAAGCAGCCAUGGAAGCUGCCUCUACUCUUGCCCUGGAGUAUGAGGAGAAUUCCAAACUGAGCCCCGUGUUGAAACCAAUACAAGCUACCUCGGAACUGAUCAGCUUGACGCUCGGCAACUCAAUGGGAAAACCAGUCCGACGGUUUUGGCGACGACUGGGCCUGAUCUUGAGAAUCCCGAGACGAUGGUUUUUCCGAAGUAGUCUACGAAGGGCUUUUAGGAUCUUUGAUAGCGACAGGGACGGCUUAUUGUCUGUUUCCGAGAUUCGACGAUGCGUCAAUAAACUGGGGGUUUCCCUGUCGGAGGACGAGGUUUCGGACAUGGUCAGGGACUAUGACCAAGAUGGCGAUAAUAAGAUCAACUACGAUGAAUUCGUCAAGAUGAUGAUGUCGAGAUGA